AUGGACACAAAUUACGGCAAACUUAGGGUUGAAUUCAGUGAUUAUUUAGCGGACACUUUAGUGACAGAUCCGACAACAAAGCCUCCGAUUAAACCACUUUCCAGUUUCCCGUUGUUUGCCGUGAUUUGGGAUCCGGUGGCCGACCCGUGGGCUACGAGUACUCCCGUCUCAGACGUGGAUAACGUUUUCUGGGAGUUUAGCCGUGAAAAUACUUACGACGAGAGUAAUGAUCGAGAUUUUUGCGAUCAGUUUAUCGGCGCUAAUCGUAGGGCAGAGUCGGAAAGUAAGCCGGGCUUUGAGUAUUUGAAUCGUGACAACAGUGCGGCAGUAAUUAUGGACAUGUAUUUGGCGGGCCCUGAUACCACUUCUCAUGCACUCUUAUGGCUAAUAUUAUUGAUGACAUAUUAUAGCGAUUGGCAAAAUGUUAUGCGACAAGAGAUCAGCGAUCAAUUGGGCGAUAGGGCGCCGGUUGUAGACGACAAACAAUGUUUGCCUAAUGUUAUGGCAUUUCUAUAUGAAACGGUUCGUUAUAGAAACGCCGCACCGCUUGGCUCACCACAUAUGGCUCUGGAAGACAUGACAAUAGGUUUAUAUGGAUUGUAG